AUGGGACCGACGGGCGCAGCCGCGGUGGCCGUGGCGCUGUGGGUCUUGGUGACGGAGGGCGAGGCGGCGGACCCUGGCGUGGCGACGCCCCGGCGCUGCCACCUGUCACACUACCGCUCGCUGGACCCCAGGGCGCUGGCGGCCGUCAAGGCGCUGAGGGACCGCUACGAGGACGAGACGCUGAGCUGGAGGCCGCGCAACUGCUCCUUCCGCCCAAGGAAGGAUCCUCCGCGGCCCUGGUCGUGUGCGCGCCUCCGCUUCGUAGUCCGGAGCCUAGCGGACGCCCAGGCGGUGCUGAGCCGCCUGCCGAGCCCCGAGCGGUUCCCCGGCACCCGCCCGACCCUGGAGCUGCUGGCGGCCGCGCGGCGGGACGUGGGGGCCUGCCUGGAGCUGGUCCGGCCGGGCUCCUGGAGGAAGUCCCUGCGGCCACCGAGGAGGCGUCCCCAAACACGGAGAGCUGACUCGCCUCGGUGCUACGAAGCCAGCGUCAUCUUCAGCCUCCUGCGCCUGCUCACGUGGGACCUGAAGCUGGUGGCGAGCUCGGGGCCUUGUCUCUGAUCCCCGCCACGGCUCCGCCUGGGACCCGAAGCUCUGCAGGAGGGCGCCUGGGGGACUGCCCUCUGCUGGCCUAUCGGAGCCGGCGAGUGUCUCAGCCCGUGGGCGCUGAGGCUCGGGAGACCUCUUAGCCUGCGUUGGCCGGACCUCGACCCACCUGCACUGAGGGCCAGAGGUGCUGGUACUUUCCCCAAGACCAGACCGAGUUCCUCGGGAUGCAGCGAUAUUUCCGUGGGACUGGUUGCCCUAUGAUCUUACAAGGUUGUUCAGGAAGAAAUUUCAAACCUCGGUCCACCUUGGCCACUGACAGUCCUUGCCUCCCCCCACCCACGCCUCGCCUAAUACCCAGAGACAGCCUUACUUACAUCAUUGCCUGGGUUAUUCUCGCCAUAACAGGGCUG